AUGUUACCCUACCAGGACAACACCAUAAUAGGAACCGCAACCCCGACUAUCACGAAUGAAUUCAAUUCGUUGACAGACAUUGGUUGGUAUGGCUCUGCGUACCGACUUACAACGUGCUCGACACAAAUAUUCUUUGGCAAGGUGUAUGAAGAAUUCCGUGUCAAAUGGGUUCUACUCAUGGCCGUCGGUAUCCUCGAGGUCGGGUCGAUUGUGUCGGCUGCGGCGUCUAGUUCAGCUGCUUUCAUUAUUGGGCGAGCCAUCGCCGGCUGUGGCGCAUCGGGAAUCUUGACUGGCGUUUUAAUUGCAAUUUCUACUUCCGUACCACCUCGCUGGAGGCCGAUAUGCAACAGCACAAUCGGAGGCAUCGAAACAAUUGCCAUGGUUGUAGCACCAGUCAUUGGCGGUACCUUGACCACAAGAAUCAGCUGGAGAUGGUGCUUCUGGAUCAAUCUGCCACUGGGCGGCUUCACCAUGAUUGUGAUCAUGGCCUUAUUUCGAAACCCGGCACACCAAAAGGUUUCUGAAGAUUCGUUUCUCUCCAAAAUCAAGAAACUCCAUGUGUCUCAUCUCAUUAUUUUUACUGCAAGCAUUGUGUGUCUUUUAUUGGCUCUGGAGUGGGGCGGUGUGAGCUUGGCCUGGACUGACAUUAAAGUCAUUGCUUUGCUGGUUAUAUUCGGUAGUACUUUUGGAGUCUUUGUGGCCUUGGAAAUGCUACAGAAGGGACGCGGCACCAUUCCAAGAUCUGUGCUGUUUGAUAGGACAGCAGGUCUAUGCUUGUUGUAUGCAUUUUGUGCUGCGGCGGCGUUCAAUGUCACAGACUACUUUUUGCCCAUAUGGUUUCAAGCCAUCAAAGGAGCCACGGCAGAGCAGUCGGGCCAAAUGCUACUCCCUUCAAUCGUCGGCCUGUCUAUUGCUGCAAUCAGCUCCGGAUUCAUAUUGUCCUAUGUGGCGUACUAUACGCCUCUUAUGUUAUGCGGAUCAGUUUGCAUGAUCAUUGGCUUCUCCUUUCUAACAGACUUCACCCCAGAUACUGGACAUGCUGCCUGGAUCGGAUGGCAAGUCAUGUUCAGUGUAGGCCUCGGUCUGGCAUUUCCGCAAUCAUGGUCCGCUACCCAAGCUGCGCUCAAACCCAACGAUAUACCUGCUGGCAUGGCUGCUGUUGGAUUCUCCAUUAGUAUUGGCGGUGCUCUUUUCAUUUCCAUUUCACAAAAUAUCUUUGCAAACCUCCUCCAAAAAGGCUUAUCUUCAGUGCCUGGUUUGGAUGUAGACGGGAUUAUUUCCCGCGGAGCAACAAGUUUUCUAGAAAUUGUGCCCGCACCGAAGAGAGAUCAGGUGCUUGGGAUCUAUAACCAUGCAAUCACCAUGACCUUUUGGGCGUCUGUGGCAGUGGCUUGCCUUGGCCUGGUGGCCGCGUUGUGUAUGGAAUGGAAAUCGAUCAAACCCGUCAAUGAGAUAAUUGAUGGUGAGGAAGAAAGGAUUUAA